UUGGGCCGGAAAAUUGGAAGUGGGCCUCCAGCACAAUGCCACAUCCUCCCAUUCUCUCAACUGCCAAACACUCCUGCUUGGCAAACCUGCCUUCACUCCAAGCCUCCUCUAAACCCUAGCACCCAAACCGGAGGUCGAUCUAGCUCCCAGCCAUGGCCGCCGCCGUCCUCUCCGCGUCGGGCCGCCGCCUCUUGGACACCGUCGCCAGGCCCGCCGGAUCCACCGAACUCCCCGUCUCGAUUGACCACCUUCGCAGCCUCGCUCGCGCGGGUCGCCUCGCCGACAUCGACGCCGCCCUCGCGCCGCACGUGGCGUCCCAUUCCGUCGCCGCGGUCUCCGCCCUCUCGUCGCUGGGCCUCCCCGACCGCGCCUCCGUGCUCCUCGGCACCCUCCGAUCGCCCACCGCCGCGCACCUCAACGGGCUGCUGGCCCCGCUCCUCCGCCGCCGCCGCCUCGUCGGGCUGGUGCCGUCCCUCCUCGAGGCGCACCCCUCCGUCCCGCGCGACGCCGCCACGGAAGCUAUCCACGCCAAGGCCCUGUGCAUCGCCUCCGGCGCCGAAUCCGCCAUCCACCUCCUCCAGAGAGAGUCCCCGCCGCCAUCCAUCCAGCUCUUCACCAGCAUCAUCGACUCCUACUACAAGCAGCGUCAGCCCCACCGCGCCGAGCAGCUGUGGCGCCAGAUGGUCGACGAACACGGCAUCAUCCCCGACGUCCCCGCCCACAACGUCAGGAUCACCUACAAGGCUACCAGCGGCACGGUGGAAGAGGUCAAGGAGCUGAUCCGCGCAAUGCGCGAGGAUGCGGGGCUCCGGCCGGACGUCGUCUCCUACAACGGGCUGAUGCGGGCGAUGGCGCGGCACGGGAGGGUGGACGAGAUGCUCGACGUGUACAGGAGCUUGGAGGAGGGGAGCACCGCGGCGGCUGAAGCGGACAAGUUGGCGCCAGACUGCGCAACGUACACGUGCGUGGUUGCGGCGCUGUGCAAGGCGGGGAGAUGGUCGGAGGCGGACGACGUGUUCUACGAGGCGAUGAAGCGGAGUAAGGUGGCCGACCUGGGCACGGUGCGCACGCUGGUGCGAGGGCUCAGGGACGCCGGCAAGGGGCGGGCGGCGAGGCGGGUGGUGGUCGGCCUGCGCAAGAAGUUCCCUGCCCGCUUUGACGGGCCAUGGAAGGAGCUCGAGGAGUUGGCUGGGCUGACCGGCAACGAACAGGACGAUGAUGUCGAAGGGGAUGACGACGAGCAGGCGACGCCGCCGCCGAUGUCCGCGUGAGCUCUCGCAGCAAUUUGCGUUUGUGGUUAGUUACUUAUGAAUACUUCAUUAGAUUAGCAAUUUCAUCGUUCAAUUAAAAUGUGUUAGGCUAGAUCGAUAAUAAGCAAAUUCUGGAUACGAGCUAUAAUUUUGUCAAAUUAGCUUCUUGAAUCGCAUCAUAUCUCGUUGUAACGAUUGAUCUUGUUUCCACAACCACAUCUAAUAGUUUUGUUUUAUUGCAUUGAGUUUCACACAAAUUCAUGGAUGCUGCUGGCUAUUUACGAAUUU